AUGAAACGCUAUCUAUCGGAAAAAUAUCGUACUACAUUGUUAGCGCAAUUUGAUAAUCUAUCUAUCUAUCUAUCUAUCUAUCUAUCUAUAUCAGUGCAAUAUUUAUCUAUCUAUCUGUCAAUUAGUUCAAUAUCUAUCCCUCUAUCAAUGUUCAUAUCUAUCUAUCUAUCUAUCUAUCUAUCUAUCUAUCUAUCUAUGAUUCUAUCAGUGAUUAUCUAUUUAUUAUCUAUCUAUCUAUCUAUCUAUCAGUUCAAUAUCUAUCCAUCUAUCAUUUUUCACUUUAAUAUCUAUCUAUCUAUCUAUCUAUCUAUCUAUCUAUCUAUACUAAUUUUCGUUUUUUUUCUCUCUCUCUCUCUCUCAUAUGAUGCUUUCUGUUCUUACUAUCAUCCGAGCUACUUAUUUCAUUUUGUCAUCCUAUUUUUGUCACUUUCUUUAAAAGUUUAUUAUUUUUGCCAUUUUAAGUCUUUUAUUCUUUUUCAUUCCCUAAAGACAAAAUACUUAUUUAUUGGAAACUAUUUCUUUCAUUAUUCUUUAUAUAGACAUUUUGUUCGUUCUUUCGUUAUAUUCUCGUUUUUUUUUUCUUGUUUGCCUCUCUUUCCUUCUUUCAGUAUUUAUACAUUUCAAUUAUUCAUCCGUUCUUUAAUACUUUGGUCCUUACUAUUUCCGUUUGCUUAUUUGUUUUUUUUUUUCUUUCUUUCUUUCUUUCUUUCUUUCUUUUCUUUCUUUUCUUUCUUUACUAUAUCCCGUUGUAUAUUCUUUUACAUUUACAGCAAGUUUUAUUUUUCAUUUUAUAUGUAUUCUUUAGAAUUCCGUUCUUUCGUUCUUCAGUCGUACCUUGUUUUAUUUUCUCGUUUUUUUUGUUGUCAUAUCUGUUCCGUUCGUUUUUGUAUCACUUUUGUUGACCUUUUUUAUUUCCUUCUUUUUUCUUUCGUUAGUAGUGCAUUUACUCUUUCUUUCUAUCGUUGA